AUGGAUAUCCACGCCGAUAGAGGCCCAGUUCUCAUCGGCAGCGUCUUCCCCGUUGCGACGGUGGCGACGCUGGCCGUCGUGGGGAGACUCAUCUCGCGACGCAUCAAGAAUCAACCAUGGCGCAUGGAUGAUUAUAUGGUGAUUGUGGGUUUGGUUUUGACCUGGGGAUGUGCCGUAUGCGCGACUCUCUGCGUCCAAUACGGCAUCGGCAAGCACCUCGAAACUAUCAACACCACCUUCCCUUAUGUUAAAUUCUGGAAAACUCUCUACGCAUUCAACCAGGUGUAUGUGGCCACGGGACCAACGAUCAAAAUCUCCCUCCUGCUUCUGUACCGUCGUAUCUUCGACACAGCGCUUUUCCGUCUCGUCGUCUUCUGGCUGGUCUGCGUCAACAUCGCCUGGUAUCUGGCUAUGAGUCUCUCGGGGGUUUUCACCUGUCUCCCCGUGAAAGGGUACUGGAUCACUGACCUUCCAGGACGCAAGUGUAUGAGUCUGUUGAAUUAUGAUAUCGGAUACGCGGUGGUGAAUAUUGUGCUGGAUGUGUUCAUUCUCAUCUUGCCGGUGCAUAUGAUCUGGCGGUUGACUUUGACGGCGUCGCAGAAAAUUGCAUUGACAUUUAUUUUCCUCCUGGGCUCGUUUGCCUGCGUUACAGCCCUCAUGCGUCUCCUCGUCUCAAUCCUGCACGUCAACGAUCCCGAUCUUACCUGGGUCUACCUGGACGCACUCAUCUGGACCGUUGUUGAACCCUCUGUCGCCGUCAUCUGCGCAUGUCUACCCACGCUCCGCCCGGUGUUAUCCUACCUCCUCCCGCGAAAAUUCUCCCUUAGCACAGCCAGUCGCAAAUCCAAGACCGCAUACGGAGCAUCCGGAUACCCGAAGGGAUCAACAACACAUUCGACAGAUCCGCAGCUGUUGGCGCGCUUGGACGACUCGGGAUCCAUGAAGGCGUUGAACCAGACCACCGUACAGGGUGGCACCGGCGGCGAUGACCAUGAUAGCGAGGGAGGCAUGGAGGGGAUUACAGUGAGACAUAGUAUUGAGCUGAGGGAGUAUCGCUAG